CUCCGCCCCCCUGAGCAGAGGAGGGAGAGGGCGGUGAGUGAGUGAGUGAGUGAGGGACGGGUGGUAGGGGAGAGGAGAGCCCAGCACUAGCCCUCGGGGCCGGAUGAGUGGAGCCCGGGUGUCCCGGCGGUGGCGGGGCAGGAGGAGGGGGCGAAGGAGGUGGUGGCUCUGAGGGGGCAGCGGGGUUGGAGCCCUGAUCAUGGAGAUCGAGAACAUCGUGGCCAACACGGUACUGCUGAAAGCCAGGGAAGGAGGGUGUGGCAAACGGAAUGGACGCAGUAAGAAAUGGAAGGAAAUGCUAAAGUUACCACAUCUCAGUUUUUGUGAAGAUCUUAGACAUUCAAUCGAAAAAAACUAUAACCAGCUCUGUGACAAGCAGCCAAUAGGGAGACUUCUCUUCAGACAGUUCUGUGACACUAGGCCAGAUCUGAAGACAUGCAUUGAAUUCCUGGAUGCGGUGGCUGAGUAUGAAGUGUCUUCAGAUGAAAAGCGUAAAGAUUGUGGUCUGAAAGUUUUAGACACAUACUUCACUAACGGGUCUGCAGCCCACUUACCGGAAAUACCUCAGGAUGCAGUGAAUGAAUGUAAAACAAGACUGGAGCAGAACCCUUGCAAAGAUCUUUUUAAUGACUGCACUAGGGUUAUCCAGGAUUAUUUAAGUGGAGCACCAUUUGAAGCUUACCAACAAAGCAUCUAUUUCUCCCAUUUUUUACAGUGGAAAUGGUUGGAAAGGCAACCAGUAACCAAGAACACAUUUAGACAUUACCGAGUACUAGGCAAAGGAGGAUUUGGAGAGGUAUGUGCUUGCCAAGUGCGGGCAACAGGAAAAAUGUAUGCUUGUAAAAAGCUAGAAAAAAAGAGAAUAAAGAAGAGAAAAGGAGAAUCGAUGGCAUUAAAUGAAAAAAGAAUUUUAGAAAAAGUGAAUAGUAGAUUUGUAGUUAGUUUAUCCUACACCUAUGAGACUAAAGAUGCCCUUUGUUUAGUAUUAACCAUUAUGAAUGGAGGGGAUUUGAAGUUUCACAUUUACAACAUGGGAAAUCCUGGCUUUGAUGAAGAAAGGGCUGUUUUCUAUGCUGCAGAGCUCUGCUGCGGCUUGGAGGACUUACACAGAGAGAGAAUUGUUUACAGAGACUUGAAGCCUGAAAAUAUUCUCCUUGAUGACCGUGGACACAUCAGGAUUUCAGAUCUUGGAUUAGCUGUGCAGAUCCCAGAAAGAGAAACAGUCCGAGGGCGGGUUGGAACAGUUGGAUACAUGGCUCCAGAAAUCCUCAACAAUGAAAGCUAUACAUUCAGCCCUGACUGGUGGGGUCUUGGCUGCCUAAUUUAUGAAAUGAUUCAGGGACAAUCACCAUUCAGGAAGCGUAAGGAAAAGGUCAAACUGAAUGAGAUAGACCGAAGAGUGAAGGAAGACCAGGAAGUGUACUCGGACAAAUUCUCAGAGGAGACAAAAUCCAUCUGCAGGAUGUUACUUGCCAAAGAUCCAAAGGAAAGAUUGGGGUGCACUGGAGAUGGAGCUGCUGCUGUAAAGCAGCAUCCCAUUUUCAAGAAUAUUAACUUCAAGAGACUGGAAGCAAACAUGUUAGAACCUCCGUUUUUACCAGAUCCACGUGCGGUGUAUUGUAAGGAUGUCUUGGAUAUAGAGCAAUUCUCCACAGUAAAAGGAGUGAACCUGGAUAAUACAGAUGAUGAUUUCUAUUCCAAAUUUGUUACAGGCUGUGUCUCAAUCCCUUGGCAAAAUGAGAUGAUUGAAACAGAAUGCUUUCAAGAGCUCAAUAUAUAUGAAACUGAUGUCACCUUGUCAACAGACCUAGAUACGAGCAAAGAUACUCCUAGACCAAAGAGAGGCUUCUUUCACAGACUCUUCAGGAGAGGGGUCUGUUUUAAAUCUGGUUACAUUGAUGAUGAAGAGGAGUCCUCUAGACUCUAAAUCAGAGAAUUAUAGUCCAAAAAUAAAAGGAUGAAUGAACUCUGAAUGUUUUUAUCUAUGUAAAGUGUAUUAUAAAUUUAAAAAAUUAUGUAUGGGCUUUCAGAUAUUGUAUAUUUGUACUUUAGUUUAAAGUGUUAAGAUGUAUAUUUUCACUAAAUCUUUAUUGUAAAAAAGCCAUGAGUGCCACUUAAGUGUAAGUGUGUGAUAUAUUAUGUAUUUUAACUGGAAUGAAUCUGGAAAUACUUAAGGGUUUUAAAGUACAGAAACUUAUGCUAUCUGUGAUAUGGAUGUUACUUGGCUUUGGGGAUGAUUUUGUUGUUGUUCCUGGCAACUCUACUGAAUGGCACUGUUUCUUAGUCCUCAGAAUAUUAUUUAGGUUUAUUCUCAAUUGUCAUACUGAUUAGUAUUAAUAUUUCUGGUGUUAAUAACACUUCAUUUCUGUUUGCUGUUAGAUUGCACCCUAAUGUAGUUCCCAAGUCAUUUAAAAUGAAACUGCAAGGAAAAGAAGGAAUGAGUUCAGUGCACUGUGACCAGUUUCUGUAAAAUACUUUUUACAAGUUUGGAUUUAAAGACUAUUUGUUUGUCUCAAAUAGUUCUUGUUUUGUAUAUUGUGUGUAAUAUAUAUUGCCUUGUUUUUGCAACAAACUUAAUUUCUCCAAAUGUUGAUAUCAGAGACAGUAAUAGAUUUCUGACUAAGUAUGUGUAUAUAUAUAUUCCCCCAUUUAUCAGAAAGAUAAAUCAUUUCUCUGUAUCUUUUUAGAAUAAUUGCCUUUCUAUUCAUAUCUUUGUCAGGAGUGAACAUAACAGGAAUUCCAGAUUUUUUUUAGAAGUAGUAAUUUAUGAUUUUGGUCCAUAGCUUUCCCCUUCCCAACUUUAGAUAUAGCUUAUCUGAGUAAGGCCUUUGUCUACACUGGAAUCAGAACCAUGCCAGCUAUACAGCUUGACUAUGUUUUGAAUAUUUCAUGGUUAUUGCUAACAGGAUUUCCCUAAGCACUGUGGACAGAACUUUUUUCCCUGCGAUUGUUAGCCAACUCCAUGCUAUAGGCUUUCAUUUAUAGCAUGUGCUGGUAAGUCAGAAUCACGAAAUGGUAUGAUCUGAUCUACCACACAAUACCUCCUUGCUUAUUGCUAUUGUAGAUUCUUACAUUUUGAUGACAGCGUUGACUGUGAUCAUGACUACUGAGUAAAAAUAAAACUAAUAAUUAAGAAUCUUUCUGUAUGAACUCUUAAACACACCAAAAAAGAAUAAUUCCAUAAGAAAAAAGCCCCACUGAUAUUCUUUCAUAAAGGUGGAACUGGUACUGCUACCUGUAGAUAUGAUUGUUCAAGACUUCCCAUUAUAAGACACCAUUUUUUUGUUGCUUAUAACUUUGCCAAAUUUUAACCUUCUUGGCUGAACCUAUCCAACCCAGAUGUCUGCCUGACUCUUUCUAUCUACCUAUUAAAAUUGUUCAGAUGUUUCUAAGAUCACAUUAAGAUCCAAACAACACAUUUUGCCCAUGUUAUAAAUAUUCUUACAACUGUUUCAUUGAGAGGCUGUAGUGUUUCCAUACGUUGGAUCAGGAACUUGAAAUCUGGGCAGCGCAGUUUACUCCAGAGUCAGGAAUGUGCCUUUGCCAUCCCCAGAAAAACUUAACCACAUUUGACCAAGUUAUAAGCCUUAGAAAAAUUGAAGUUUGUGCAUGCUCAGAGACUUCCUUGACAGCUAAAUUUUCUGAAGAUUCCAUCUGCGCUGAGCAUGCUCCAUUCCCUUCACAGCUCCUGUGUGACAAAUGGACUGCAUAUAUGCCAUUUGCACAGAGCAACUGAGCAUGCUUCAACCCAAGGCUCAGAACAGGACUUUUCCUGCAAAUGCUGCUCCUGGCUGCUGGGGGUAGUUGUAACCCAUAGGCACAUGAACUGAAAUCAGGGAGACUCUCCUGUGCUCUCAAUACUCCCAUUGCUGGCACCCAGGUAGUAUGGAGAAGUAGAAAAUGGCCACAUUGGAAUGCACAGAAGUGGGAAAUGGGGGCAAGAAGGAAUGUGAGGGGGUUGCAGGAACCAGAGGCUUGGGGAAGCAGAGGACGAAGGGGACAGGAGCCAGGGGAUUGGAGUGUGGAUAGACUCAGAUGGAGAAUGAGCAUGAGCUGGGAUGGUGCACACAGGAGCAGAGCGAGACAGACAGGCUAGGGGUAUAGGAGUAAGGGCAUAACCAUUGGACAAUUUGGGACAUUUACCAGAUAGAGAACAGUGGUUUUACUUCUCUGAUUUGAUUAAUAUAAAUGUUACGUUAAAACUUCUGGUUUUUAGUGUAGUGAUACAAAGGUAACAUUAACAAUGGUGGACAUAUGGAGUGACGUAUGGACUUAAUAGCAAUUUAGAGCAAGUUGGGCAAGAAUACCAUGGCCCCAGCCUGAGAGAUUUUAAAUGAUGAAACCACAGGUAUCAGCUUUAAAUAGAGUAAAGAAAAUAGUAUAUUUUUAUUUGCCAUGCAUGUCAAGCUCUCAAAAUCAAAUAAGAUACUAUCUUUUUUUAUAUAGACAAUACCUUAAUUAGGAAAUCAACUACUAUAACACCCUUACUCUAUCUGAUCUAAACAAAGUUAUAUUUCCAUAACACAGGACAGCAGCUAAGGAAAUAAGAGUGUUAAAAAUGUUGGAGAACUGAAAGAUUUGCAGAAAGUACAACAGUGACUUCUUAUAACUAUCCAUAGUAAAUAGCAAGUGACAUCAACCCUUCUCAAUAAUCUGAGUUCUUAGUCAUUACUCACCUAAGUUGGGAAAACAAGGCAAGAUGCAUGCAGGGCUUCCAUUGACUUCAGUGGGACCUGUGCUCAGGCACUCCUGCAGAAUUUGGACCUUGUGGUGUAACUAAAAAAGUAUCUGUAUGAGCAAAGUUUCAAAAUUAGGGCAAUUGUAACCUAAACUAUGCUUCUGUUCUCUCAGUUCCACCAAUUAAGAAAAAAAAAAUUGCAGUUCCUCACUGACUGACAGUUAAUGACACCAGUUGGCUGGGAGGAUGCCCUGCCCACUGUUGGGCCUCCCUCAGGGUAUGUCUACACUAUGGAAUAAGGUCGAAUUUAUAGAAGUCGGUUUUUUAGAAAUCGGUUUUAUAUAUUCGAGUGUGUGUGUCCCCACAGAAAAUGCUCUAAGUGCAUUAAGUGCAUUAACUCGGCGGAGUGCUUCCACAGUACCGAGGCUAGAGUCGACUUCCGGAGCGUUGCACUGUGGAUAGCUAUCCCACAGUUCCCGCAGUCUCCGCUGCCCAUUGGAAUUCUGGGUUGAGAUCCCAAUGCCUGAUGGGGCUAAAACAUUGUCGCGGGUGGUUCUGGGUACAUAUCAUCAGGCCCCCCUUCCCUCCCUCCCUUCGUGAAAGCAAGGGCAGACAAUCGUUUCGCGCCUUUUUUCCUGAGUUACCUGUGCAGACGCCAUACCACGGCAAGCAUGGAGCCCGCUCAGGUAACCGUCACCGUAUGUCUCCUGGGUGCUGGCAGACGCGGUACGGCAUUGCUACACAGUAGCAGCAACCCAUUGCCUUCUGGCAGCAGACGGUACAAUACAACUGGUAGCCGUCCUCGUCAUGUCCGAGGUGCUCCUGGCCACGUCGGCUGGGAGCGCCUGGGCAGACAUGGGCAAAGGGACUAAAUUUGGAGUGACUUUACCAGGUCAUUCUCUUUAGUCCUGCAGUCAGUCCUAUUGAACCAUCUUAUGGUGAGCAGGCAGGCAAUACGGAUUGCUAGCAGUCGUACUGUACCAUCUUCUGCCGGGCAGGCAAGAGAUGACGAUGGCUAGCAGUCGUAUUGUACCAUCUUCUGCCGGGCAGGCAAGAGAUGAGGAUGGCUAGCAGUCGUACUGUACCAUCUUCUGCUGAGCAGCCAUGAGAUGUGGAUGGCAUGCAGUCCUUCUGCACCGUCUGCUGCCAGCCAAAGAUGUAAAAGAUAGAUGGAGUGGAUCAAAACAAGAAAUAGACCAGAUUUGUUUUGUACUCAUUUGCUUCCCCCCCUCCCCUGUCUAGGGGACUCAUUCCUCUAGGUCACACUGCAGUCACUCACAGAGAAGGUGCAGCGAGGUAAAUCUAGCCAUGUAUCAAUCAGAGGCCAGGCUAACCUCUUUGUUCCAAUAAGAACAAUAACUUAGGUGCACCAUUUCUUAUUGGAACCCUCCGUGAAGUCCUGCCUGAAAUACUCCUUGAUGUAAAGCCACCCCCUUUGUUGAUUUUAGCUCCCUGAAGCCAACCCUGUAAGCCGUGUCCUCAGUCGCCCCUCCCUGCGUCAGAGCAACGGCAAACAAUCGUGCAUCUGAGUUGAGAGUGCUGUCCAGAGCGGUCAAAAUGGAGCACUCUGGGAUAGCUCCCGGAGGCCAAUACUGUCGAAUUGUGUCCACAGUACCCCAAAUUCGAGCCGGCAAGGCCGAUUUAAGCGCUAAUCCACUUGUCGGGUGGAGUAAGGAAAUCAAUUUUAAGAGCCCUUUAAGUCAAAAUAAAGGGCUUCAUCGUGUGGACGGGUGCAGGUUUACAUCGAUUUAAUGCUGCUAAAUUCGACCUAAAGUCCUAGUGUAGACCAGGGCUCAGAGAGAGAGGCUAUGUUUACAAGCAACCUUUCAAAAGAAUUGGCUGUCCUGUCCUGUUCUAGUUUUUAACAUCUCAAUCAGAUGAACAUUACUGCUACUUCCUACUGCACUCCCACCCAUUGAUGUGUUCAUUCUUAAUAUGGACCAACACAUACCUACUGUAAAUUUGCUCAAAAAAGGAAAUAUUGUUCACAUUUGGGCAAACAAGGAAAAUUUAGUUUUUAAUCAUAAUUGUUUAAACCUUUGGCACCUGUGGAAAUUUUAGGCCAUUGGUAAAGGGGCAUUCUUUUCAAGAAACAGCAUGUUGUUUUUAUAAAUGGGAGUUUUAUCUAAAGUCUAAUGUUUUGAGCAAGGGUCUAGCUGUCAAGAUUCCUGGGUUUUAUUCCUAACUAUGUCAGAAUCUAACCUUUAGCAAAUGACUAAUCUGUAUAAACCUCUCUAAAAUGUGCAUGCUAUCUACUGUAAAGUAGUGUUGAGGUCUAACAUUGUAAUGCUUGUGAGAUCUGUGGAUGGAAGAUCCUAUAUCUCAUUUUAUCUGAAGUGAGAAGUACCAUCUUUUUUUCCUUAUCCCAAAGGCUGCUGUGUCUUGUCAGAUAAAUUGUCAAAUUUUCAUAGCUUUCCAAAUGAGCACCUCUUUCAUUUACCUAAGCAGUAAAUUAAAUUUAUUUGAGCAUUCAUUAAAUUUCUUUAACUUGUGUGUUGUUGCACUCUUAUUGUUUGCAAGGUCCAUUUUAAAAUAUAUAUUUAUAGGGCCAAAUUCACUAGUGCAUUCUGGCUACUAUACGCCAUUCAAGCAAUACAAAGCAGCUGAAAAUCUGGUGUAACUGACCACUUAAAUUGGGUUUGCAGCUGCUUUGCAUUGCCAGAGUGGCAUACAAUGGCACAAUCGUACUAAUGAAUUUCACCUACAGUGAAGGCUGUAUUUUUUGCCAUGAGGCAGUCAUAGGUUUUUAACAUUAUAUCCAUGAUUUCUGAGGCUUGUGGAUAGAUGGAUGUAACAAUGAACAGUUGAAUCAAUUUUACUAAGAACUUGGAGUCGUCAAAUUUAAAACUUCAUCUGUAAAGGGAGGUAGAGACAGAUGGAAAUCCAGUACUAUCGAGGAAUCUGUACAGUGCUGCUGUCCCUCCUGCCUUUGCAGAGACCAGCAAAUUGUGCCAUAAAGGCAGCAUUUAGAGUCUCUUGCCUGCCCAUCUUUCCAUGCUACUUCUGUGCACUGAGGGCCUGAUCUUGUGCCAUUUAAGUCAACAGAAGUUUUAUUGUUGACUUCAGUCGGAACAAGGUUGGGGCUCUAGUGGGCAAGCAAGGGGAAAUGGUUCUAAACGGGUUUUACUCUUCUGUCCUGUUUCUAUAAACACUUAUGCAUAUGCUAAGCUUCAUUACUCUAAAUUUCCCCAUUGGGACUGCUCAAAGCUGUAAAGUUAAACAUAGGCAUAAGUGUUGCCAAGAUUAGGGCCUAAAUCACUUUUCAGUGUGUUUAAAUUGACAUUUUGUGACAAAAGACACAAAUUUGUCUUUUUGCCUCUUAUUCAGUGAGCAGUCUGACUUUUGUAUCAUUUAUCAUGGCAGAGCACUAGCCUCAGCACUUUAUAUAAGGAAUUAGUAAACUAAAACUGUCACCAUUGCAAACAUCUAAGAUAGUAAAAGUAACUAAGAUGACAUAAAAUAUGACAAAAUACUAGUGAACAGAUAUUGCCUAAUGUAAUUCCAUUCAUGAAUUAGAAAGCCACAAACCAUAAGUAUAAAUGUAACCCGUUUACAUAUGGUACAUUGAUAUCAUCUUCCUCUGUUAUCAUUAGGUAGUAAUAUUGAUUAAUGUUCUCAUUGAAUUUCUUGUUUUAACACUUCUUGGAGGUAAAUUUUGAAAAGCACUGAAAGCAGAAUACUCAUGGUGUGAUAAAUUACAAUUUUUUUCUGUGAACUUUGCCUUGAUUCACAGCUCACGCAGUAUGUAGAACUUCAUGACAAAUAAAGGAAGGAAGGACUGAAGAAUUCUGUUUGUUUAUAUGAACAUGUUCCUUUAGCUUUUACUGUGAAGUUGUACAAAAGCCAAAGCAAAUUCCAAUCUUACACUGUUGUAGAUUAGGAGUAACUCCAUUGUAGUCAAUGGAGUUACUUCCAUGUAAAGCUAGUAUACGAUCUCCGAUUCAAAAUCCCUGUGUUACCCCCCAAGGCUAUAAUAAUGGCAAGUUAAGGAUCUAAAAUAUUGGGCCUGAUCGUGCUCUUAUAUUGUGUAAUUGAUUUCAGUGGAGUUACACCAGAGUGAGAACAUAAUCAGUCUCCUUUUGUCUUUGUUUUGUGUUCUCUAGUGUUUGUUCCUGUAUGUCCUUAAUUUCUUAAUGUCCAUAUGUUAAUAUACAUGUUUAACUUGUAUUUUCAAAGCAGUGAAAUAAUGUGCUAGUAACUCAGAAGUUUUCAUUAUCUAUCCUGUGACCAACAAAAUGGAGUCUUCAUGUCGGGCUGUUUUUGUUUCUAUAAAGAGUUCUUCUGCUUCUUUGUUGUUAGUUGUUGAUAUAGCACUAUAUGUCUGUGUUCACAAUAUCUAUACAAAACUCUCCAUUUAAAAAGCACUUAAAAUUACUGCACCACAGUGUAUGAAAAAAUUGUGGUAGCUCAGGCAACAUAAUGUAGUAGCUAUUGGUGAAUGCUGGGUAUUUUCCUCAAUUAGUUUUAAGCUUUAGUUAUGCAGCCCUAUUCCCAUAUAUGAAAGAGAAUUGCUUUAGUUGGCUAAUUUGAGAAACCAGUUAUAGACUUUCCAGAAAAUUAUACAUACUGAAGGUGAUUCUUAAAGGGUGCAACUAAUUAAACUGUGCCAAUUGGUUCCAAUGUGGUAUUUGUUGUGACUGCAUUAUAAAUGCUGAAUCCAACUUUGCGCAGUGUAGAGAAAUUUCUCAUUGUAUCACUAAUGAAAUCAAAAAGUACUGUUCACAACAUUCUAGAAACAUGUCAACAGAGACAUUAGAUCUUUGUUUUAGUUCUGUAACAUGAACUUAAUAUUAAGUGAGCAACUGUAUGAAGAACUGUAUUUGUUUCAGUUUCCAGAAAAACUAGAGUAACUUUCUUUUGUUACACACUUGACCAAUCAGCACAACAGCUCCUUCUAAUACGUUAAUAGAAACAGCAUUAAACUGAAUUCUGGUUCUGUCUGCCUUGAAUGAUCUGGAUGCUUUCUGAUGGUAAUGUUAUCUCUUAUGAAUGUCUGCACAAUGUCCAUAUUUAUUGUAUUGUCCACAUGGAGUAACUUACUAAGUUUUCAGAGUAGCAGCCGUGUUCUUUUUUCGCAAAAAGAAAAGGAGUACUAGUGGCACCUUAGAGCCUAACCAAUUUAUUUGAGCAUAAGCUUUCGUGAGCUACAGCUCACUUCGUCAAAUGCAUUUGAUGAAGUGAGCUGUAGCUCACAAAAACUUAUGCUCAAAUAAAUUGGUUAGUCUCUAAGGUGCCACUAGUACUCCUUUUCUUUUUACUAAGUUUUGAACACGUGUAGGUAGCUCUCCUUUCUUCUUUGCAUAAUGAUGCUAAUGUAUCAGAAUUAUUGUUCAAAGUAUAACCAUUUUCAUUGCUAAAUGUGAGCAACAUAAGUUCUAAAAAUGUCUUCCAACCACUGAAAUGUUCUUGUAUCAGCAGCUUUAUGUUCUAUCAAGCAUUUUUUAUGACUGAAAUAAAAGUAAAACACUGCCACAUAAACAGA